GCUCUUGAUGUUGCUGUUUCUAGAUUUCGCGAAUCCGCAAUUCCAUGUAACGGCAAGAUGUCGGUCCCACGGGCGCGGUUACUGCAACUUGUGAAGGCUCGUUGCGAGCUCUUCUCGACGACUUUCAAUCCCGAAGGCAUCCGGACCGGUAACAAGAUCCUGCGUCAGCGACUCAAGGGCCCGGCACUUGCGACCUACUACCCCCGCAAGAACGUCGGUAUCCGCGAGCUUCAAAAGGAGUUCGGUACUCUUGGUCUCGAGGUGGACGAUGAGGUUGAUGAUGAUCGUUUGGAGCACUUGGCAGCUCUGAGAGCCCGCGACAAGGGAGCGCCCAAGAAGAAGAGAACGGCACCCUCGGCGGCCGAUGCGAAGAAGAAGAAAUAAGAAACGACGUCCCGAAAACAGAACUACACGACGUGUACAUGUAUCAUAUAGUGGGCGGACUAGAAUCAUAUACCCCGAAUACCUGGCGUUCCUCCGGCAGUUGGUCCAUUUCGACAUCCAUUUUUCCGCUCAGUACUUGAUGCCAUAACAGUCUCCACGUGACGAGGUGCUGCCCAUGACUGUACAUAUGGUUAGCGACGCCCGCGGCACUUGUUCCUUCAAAUGCUGUUGAAUCGUUGCCUGGUUUGACAGGCAGGUUUGUGGUUACCAGCUUUGACAAAGGUUCAUCUCCGGACUGUCCUCCCAUGCGUCU